UCUAAUUAAACUGAGAUUAUAAAGUCCAUCUUUCAUUGGUGAAACCGGGCUUUAAAAUGAGAUUUCAUUCUUUAGAGUGAGAAUCAUUCUAAAAAUUUUAGAGUGUGAAAUUAUAACAAUAACGUUAUGUUACUGUUAAUUGAUGUUGUUUACUGGGACAUCGGUACAUCGGUUCAUGAACCAAUGGACCAACGCGGAGCAAAAGAAAGGGCGGAACGCGGUGGAUGCAGCCGAAUAUGGAAUGCAUCGGGACUGCGGACGUCGACGCGGCGGUCCUGGAGUCGGGCGCCCGGUGGGAUAAGGAGAGGGGAAAGAGGGCCCCGUAGAAAAGGAAGGGCCAGUAGAACGGAGUGAGUUGAAACCUAGAACGGGGUCCGAGGCAUACGUUCGAAUCGAACGCGGCCUUGCCUAAACUUUAGCGAUAGUUUGCUCGCUCGCGGCUGCGCGGAUAUCCACGUUUCUUGUGGAACAAGUGAACAGCUCGACACGACGAGUGUUUCGCGACACAUCACGCGACGUCAUCGAGAAGAAGCGAGAGAGAGAGAGAGAGAGAGAGAGAGAGAGAGAAAAGCAAAGAGACGAGAGGAGUGCCCGCUCCGUCGGAAAGUGACCAAAGUGCAUCCUGGCUCGACGUAUCGGAGCAGCAGGUAGAAAGAUUGCAGGAGGAAGCAGAUCGCAAGGGAGAGAAAGAGCGAGGGAGGAAAGGAUCCGCGCGCGUCUAACGUGUGCGCAUCGGCGUGGAACUCGGCGAGGCCGGAUUCCGCGUGCCCUGCGCGUAACAUAGGUGCGUGCGUGCGUGCGUGCGUGCGUGCGCGCGUACGUACGUACGCGGCGUGCGUACGUGCGUGCGUGCGCGCGCGCGGGGACCUGUUGAUAGGUCGUGCAGGUGUACGAAGGUGGGCCCCGUGUCCCCCCCCACUCUGCCUUCUCCCUCUUUCGUCACCGCCGCCGCCGCCGUCGUCGCCACCGCCACCACCGCCACCACCGCCCGCCGUGGGCCGCUGUCGCUGCCGUCGACGACGACGACGACGAGAGAGAGCAUACACUCUCGGUUAACGCACAGCGCGUUAUGAUCGCCUGAUCGACGAAAGGAUAAUUCGGUGGCAUCGCCGCUCUGCCCGUUAUCGGGGCCGGAUGCCCUCGCCGUCCGUAUAUGGUGUCGUGGAAAAAAACAGAGCUCGCACCAGACAAGGAAUAACAAUUGUCGUCACGCGAGCGCGGAUUUUGAGUGAGAAGCGCGCGAGCGCGCGCGUGCAGGUGUUUGUUUGUGUGUGAGUGCGGAUGCACGGGAUCAAACCAUUGGAACCAUUGGAACCAUUGGAACCAUCUAAAAAUUAUCGUCGUCGCCUUUACGCCGUUUCCCUUCUUGGAUUCCUCUCCCUUUCCCCUCCUUCCCCGCCGUCCCUCUUUCCGCCGCGCGCGGACUGACCAUCGGCGGAACACCGGAGAGUGCUGAGUGCCCUCCUGGUUUUUGCGUUGUGGACCGCGCGCGCGCGAGAGUGGUGCCAAGCAGCGUGAGCUGUGAGGUGAAGUUACGCGUCACGCGUGUGCCUGUGGUGCAGUCCGUCGGGCCCCGACUUGAGAUGCCGUGGCUGCUCAAACUACGGACUCGCGAUUAGUUAGGGAGGUAACGUAAGUGAGUGACGACGUCACGAUGCGCAUGUCGCUGCCGCUGGGGUUAGUGCUUGUGGCAGCAGUCACGCUGCUAACAAGUGUGAAUGCUAACGCGGGGACUUACCUACGCAUCGACACGGACACGGCCACGUCGUCGUAUCACUUCGGAACGAAGGAUCGCGAUCAGGUGAUAGCCGGGAUGGAGGCCAGCUUGCUCUCCCUCUUGGGCUUCACGAAGAGACCGAGGCCGCAAGGUCGGGUGCACGUCCCGAAAUCGCUCAGGGAUCUUCACGCUCGUCAGAACGCCAUCGGUAUCGCGGAUAUAGCGAAGCCGGGUAUUCACGCGAGAUCGGCCAACACCGUUCGUUCGUUCCCACAUAUUGAGAGCGAUCUGGACCACAAGUUCCAAUCUCCAAAUCGUUUCCGGUUAUCCUUCAACCUAAGCAGAAUACCUAGCGGCGAGAUGUUGCAGGCAGCGGAGUUGAGUUUAACGCGUAUCGCGGUGGCGGAUGUCGAAAAUGUAAGCGCGAAACAUAAACGCGGGCGUAUACUGGUGUACGACAUAAUACGACCCGGCGUGAAGGGUCAUAGCAAACCGAUAUUGCGACUGAUAGACAGCAAGGUGAUCGAUGCGACGAAGAACGCCACGAUUAAUCUGGAUGUACAUCCAGCCGUGGUGAGAUGGAUAGAGAAUCAUCAGGAUAACCACGGGCUGCUGGUGCACGUGACUGGUGCGCUAGUUCGCACACGAGAACACGUGCGGCUGAGACGGGCCGUCGACGAGCACAAGGACGCGUGGGUGGUGAGCCGGCCGAUGCUCUACACGUAUAUGGAUGACGGCCGUUAUGAAAUGGCAUCCGCGAAUCAGAUACUGGAUCGACGGGCCAGGCGAGCCACCCUACGGAAGAAUCGGCGGAAGGACGGCCGCGAGAAUUGCCGACGGCAUCCGCUCUAUGUCGACUUCGCGGACGUCGGCUGGAACGAUUGGAUCGUCGCGCCGCCCGGAUACGACGCCUUCUACUGUCACGGUGAUUGCCCGUUUCCUCUGGCGGACCAUCUGAACUCGACAAAUCACGCGAUCGUGCAGACCCUCGUUUACUCAACAAAGCCAACAAUGGUACCUAAGGCGUGUUGCGUGCCGACCGCGCUCAGCUCGAUAUCGAUGCUUUAUUUAGAUGAGGAGAAUAAAGUAGUGCUGAAAAACUAUCAGGACAUGGCGGUCCUUGGAUGCGGUUGCCGUUAAGACAACUGACAGCACUAUUUUUAUUCUAUACGAUCAACGUAAUCAUUGAUCGAGCAGGAUAAGUUGAAGUAUUAUCCCACAUAGCGCCAUGUCUGAAAUCGGAACAUAAAACGUCUAUUUUUCUUAUUUUGUACGGAUUUCCUACCCAAUUAGAUAAAUUUAUCGCUUAGGUCGUAAUGUGUAUUUGACUUCCUUGAGGAGCAGAGAUCAUACGAUAUUGACAGUUAAUAUCCUUUCAAAUCGACAUUUGUCUAACACCAGGCCUUAUGUCUUUAUAUCUUAAUCAGCUCUGACUUAAUAAAGAUAUCAUUUAUACACAUUACUGGAGCGAUAUUGCUUCUUGAGUGAAGAUACGCAUUAAUUCUCAAUCAUUAUUGGAUGGAACGAUGUUCUUCUUAAAUGCAGAAAAACCAUAUACAUGGAGCAUAGGUGGAAUCGAAUUUGGAUCCACAGCUCACGCGAGUCGACCGCCCAGAGCGUAAAGCCACUUAACUCUCUCCAUGAGACGUCUUAUGUCCCGAUUUUGGACAUGCGUGUUGUCUGAGAUUAGAGGUACGGUCAACGAUGUUAUAAAUGUUUUGAAGCAACUAAUCUUUGAUUGGUCAAUUUGUAAAAUUCUUUCUUCAAAGCAUUUAUAGAGACUUGAAUCGUACCUUAGGACAUGGCAGUCCUAAAUCAUGGACUGACGUUGAGGCUCUUGACUACAUCGUACGGUCUCAUUUGCUUGCACGCGAGACACAUUGGCUGGUAUUCAUAAUUCUUAUUUCAAGAUCAUCUUAAGUAAUGUUUUAAGAUGCUAAUACGUAUUUCUCUUUUAAUUGAUUUAUAACACCUUGAGACUAUUUAGAUGAUCUUAAAUAUAAUAAUCGACAAUGAAUAUCGGCCAUUUGAUCGUCGAAAUAAUGAAAUGAUGCGAAAAGAAAUGAAAAAAGAUAGAGAUUAUUUAAUCUGCGUGCCGUAGACCGAUUCACAGUUUUGUGUGUGCUCGCUACCAUUUUUACGGAUGAAAAAGAUAAUUUUUGACUUUUUUUAGGAGACACAGUUGACACAAGUAUUAUUCUGUCUUUAUCAUUGAUUAAAUGUCGGAAAGGAUAAAACGAAGUCGACUGCAUUUCCUAAAGAGAAAACAGUCUUAGAAUGAAACACACACAAGUAAAGUUAUUGUAAAUUGUAUAUUCUUAAAGGAAGAAAGGACAGAAUUUAUCAUCAAGAAUAGUGUAUGAUAAAUUUAAUCUGUUGCUAGACAUGGUAAACGAUAAUAAAAUAGAGAUAAACGCGAAUGGUAUUAUAUUGCUAUUCAAUAACAAGAUUGACUUUGGGAGCAUUCAUCGAGGAAAGUUUUUUGUAGAAUCAUUUUUUAUAUAAAAUUGUAAAUCGAAGAUUACCUUUAAUCGAUAUAAAAAGGUCGCUCUUUAAAUCUUAAGAUUAAAUCGAAAAUAUUUUUUUUUUUUUUUAAGAUUUUACUUAUAAUGUCUACUAUUUAUUCAUUUUUAUUAUGUGCAAAUUUUCACUCGUUUUCUCGGGCGAUUAUUAUAUGUGGAAAAUGUGAAUAUUAACGGGAAGUAGCACGAGAGAAAAAUUCUAAUUCAGAAGAAAUUAGCUGACUUGAAAUGAAGCGAAGUAAACUAUAGAUAAUUCGCUGAUUAAAAGAUUCAUUCAUUAGAUCUCGAUAUAGAUCAGUUUUAAACAGGUUUUAUAGCCUUUGACUUCUACUAGAAAUGAAACGAUCGAUGUUGACUUCUUUUUUCCUCAAGUAGAAUUUUUUUCUUAAAUAGAAUCGCUCCAUUCUUUUGAGAUCGCCGGAACUGAGUUAUCCCUCCAUUGAAAUAACUUGUCAAGCCUCACUUUCGCUCUAAUGGUAUCUGACCACGUGGUUACAUGGCGUAUGUGCAGUGAAAGACAAAAAAAAUAUUCAAUUUACAAGAGGACAGCUGUCUCAAAAUCAGAGUUGGUAAAGACUAAUGUUUUUUUUUUUUUUUU